AUGGCCGGUGCAACGAGGCAGCUCCGCCGCUGUCUGGCGCUGCUUGGCGGGAUGCUGCAGCCCCUGCUCCUGCUCCUGCUCCUCCUCUGCAGCUCGCCGGCGGCGGGAGACCCUUCGCGGCACCAGAACUCUGCCGAGCCGUCGCUCCUCGUCCUGCCCGCCGAGCCCGGCCCCGAGGGCGCCUUCGGGAUCCUGCUGGCCAACCGCGGGCUGCGCGUCCCCUUCGGCCGCUCCGUCUCGCUCGACCCGGCCCGGGACUUGGUGAUCCGCGUGCAGCCGGGAGACCAGUGCGUGGUGACCGUCUUGGAAAGCGGCCCGCCGCCCGCCCCUCACCGCCCCGGCGCGCUUUCCCCCAAGCGCUUCCCUUGCGCCUUCGGGCCCGGCGAGGUGACCUACACGCACUACGGCUCCCGCAGCCCAGGCCGCGACCGCCUCAGCCUCCAGCUCCGCUACGACUCGCCCAGCCGCACGCUCGUCGCCCCCUUCACGCUGGAGGCCGAGGUGCUCUCGCAGCAGCUGCGCCUCCUCAGCCGCAACCUGCCGCUCACCGUCGAGAAGCUGCGCGGCCUCAGCCCGCCCCUGGACGCCAAGGUGCUCGCCUUCGCCGAGGCCGGAGCGCCCGCGCGCUGCCGCCUCACUGCCCUGCCUCACCCGCCCGCCAGCAGCAGCCACCUGCCCGCCUAUGGGCGCCUCGUGGACGCGGACGGGCGCCCCCUGGCGCCGGGCUACAGCAAUGAGUGCAGCCGCUUCCUGGCCGAGGGCAUCCGCUACGAGCACACGGCCGCCACCCCCUCCCCCAACCGCGACUACAUCCCCAUGCGAGUGGACGUCUGGGAAGAAGGCCAUUCCGGCCAGAGCCCAGGUGAGCAGGAGUACUUCCAGGUGGUGGUCCGCAUCCGCGAGGGAGCAGAGAAUACGCCCCCCAAGCCCAGCUUCGUAGCCUUGCUCAUGAUGGAGGUGGACCAGUUCGUCCUCACCGCCAUCACCCCGGACAUGCUGGCUGCAGAGGACUUGGAGUCCUCUUCAGAGCUGCUGUUGUUUAAUCUCACUUCACCCUGGCCCAGCACUGGUGGGCAGGACAGGGGGGCUGGUGAGGGCCCCCAGCUACAAGGCUACUUGAUCAGCACCGAUGACCCCAGCCGGCCACUCACCUCUUUCACCCAGCGGGAGGUAAUGGAGCUGAAGAUUGCCUACCAACCCCCCACGGUGGAUUCAGACUAUGAGCGGCUCUUCCAGCUGGAGAUGGAGGUGUUGGACCCUGAGGGUGCCUCAUCGGAGCCCUUUGCCUUCAUGGUGGUGGUGAAACCUAUGAACACUUUGGCCCCGGUAGCUAUCUUUAACCGUGUUGCUGGGCCCCAAAUGAUGCUUUUUGAAGGACAGUUGAGGCCACUUUCUGGCAAUCUUGAAAUCAGUGAUGAAGACAACUUGGAUGAUGUGAAAGUAUGGGUUACAAGGGGACUAAAACAUGGUGAACUCAGGGUGUUGGGUGCCCCGCUUGGUCGUCAGUUUUUUACUGCAGCGGAGUUAGAGGCUGGACAGGUGAUUUACCAGCAUGAUGGCAGUGAGCAUAGCUACAGUGACAACAUUGUCUUCCGUAUGGGGGAUGGGCAGCACCAAGUGGAAUUUCUUUAUCCAAUCACCAUUGCCCCUGAUGACGACCAGCCACCCCUCCUCAAUGCCAAUACUGGUUUAGUGCUAAGUGAGCACCACAUGGUUCAGAUUUCUCCUUUUGUCCUCAGUGCCACAGACAUAGAUUCUGAUGACUCUACCAUUCGCUUUGUACUGAAAGAGACUGAAGGGUCUUCAGAUGCAUCCACUCCCCACCAUCUUGGUGAACUUCUGCUGCGUCAGGCAGAGGUUCCACUGUCUUAUGGGAAAGAGGAGUAUGUGGAGGGUGAGCAUGGUACUGUACCUUCCUGGCACUUUGUGGAGAGUGAAGGUGUGUACGAGAAGGUGGUGACUGAGUGGCUGCAACAGAAUAUCCUGGAUGGAAAGCUGUUCUACAGGCACACAGGGCCACAUAGCAACGCUCUUGUGAUGGAUCAGUUUGUAUUCUAUCUCCAGGAUGAUAACGACCCCCCAAAUCAGUCUGGAGAACAAGAGUUCCUCAUCAAGGUCCAACCAGUAGACAGCUUACCUCCAGAGUUGUACCCUGGUACCACUUUGCAGAUGACAGUUCUAGAAUAUCAGAUGACUCACUUCAGAAAGCGUUACCUUCGCUAUACCGAUUUGGACACAGAUGACAGGGAGCUGAAAUACACUGUGCUCACACCACCAACUGAUAUUGAUGAAAACCAUCCUGUGUUGGCUGGGGAGAUUGUGUUGACUGACAGGCCUCUAAUAUCAAUUACACAGUUUACUCAAGCACAAGUAAAUCAUCACAAGGUGGCAUAUAGGCCUCCAGACCAAGAGCUUGGAAUUGCCCCAAGAGUAGUGCAGUUUACGUACAGUGUAGAAGACACAGCAGGUAAUUCUGUGCCAGGUACCUUCACUUUUUUCCUGCAGCCAGUGGAUAAUCAGCCCCCCCAAAUUACCAAUGCUGGCUUCACUGUGCCUGAGGGGGGCAGCUUCCUUCUUACUAGUAGUCAGCUAGAUGCUACUGAUAAGGAUACAGACACUGACCGGAUUGUCUUCACUUUAACUGAGGUACCACAGCAUGGCCACCUGCGCUACCUGGAGGAAGGACUGAUGGCACAGGGUGAAUCUUUUCUGUUAGAUGACAUUGCUAAUGGCCGCAUAUCGUAUCAACACAAUGGUGAUGAGUAUACAAGUGAUUCCUUCCAGUUGGAAGUGAGUGAUGGAGUCCAUCAAGUGCCAAUCACCAUUAGAAUUGUUGUUCAGCUAGUGGAUGAUGAGAGACCCAGCAUCACUGUCCCUGGUAGUAAUGGAUUGUUGGGGGCUUUUAUUGAUGUCCUGGAAAAUAGCGCCACUGAAAUCACUACUUCUCUUAUUCAGGGUACAGAUGAGGAUACUGAUGAGCUGGCAUUAAUUUUUAUUGUGGAGGAUCCCCCUAAACUGGGUGACAUCUUAGUGAAUGGGGUGCCCUCUGAGAGGUUUACCCAGCAGGACCUCAUCAGUGGCACAGUUGUAUAUGCUCACACUAGUGGAGAGAUUGGAUUAAAAAAGUUGUCUGAUUCUUUCAACCUUACUAUCUCUGAUCUCUCUAGUGAAUGGGUAGUGGGAGGCAGCACUGUAGAAGGGGUACGCGUGACUGUGACUGUUUUGCCAAUGGACAAUAUUGCUCCGGAGGUUAUGAUGGGGGAGGAAACAUUCAGUGUUUAUGAGGGUGGGAAAAAUGUGCUAAACUUACAGCUGCUAGAUGUGGAGGAUGUGGAUACUCCUAGAGAUGACAUCCUGUGUACUAUCCUCACACAGCCCUCUUCUGGAUACCUGGAGAAUAUCUCUCCAGCUCCUGGGUCUGAAAAAUCAAGGGCUGGAACUGCUAUCAGUGCCUUUUCUAUUAAAGAUAUCCGUCUUGGGCAUAUUAAUUAUGUGCAGAGCAUACACAAGGGAGUAGAACCUUUGGAAGACCGAUUGACUUUCCACUGUUCUGAUGGUAUCAACUUCUCCCCACGUCACUUCUUUCCCAUUGUCAUUGUCCCGACUAAUGAUGAAAACCCAGAACUGUUUCUGCGUGAGUUUGUGGUGCUGGAAGGGAUGAGCUUGGUGAUUGACACUCCUAUUCUUAAUGCUGCUGAUGCUGAUAUUCCCUCAGAUGAGUUACGCUUCUUCAUAACCGUUCCUCCUAAACAUGGACAGAUUGUCCACCAGCUGGCCACUGGCACUGUGUCCAUCCACAAUUUCACCCUGGAUGAAAUCCGGGAAGCAUCCAAUAUUGUAUAUGAGCAUGAUGACUCAGAGACUAAAGAAGAUACUUUCAAAAUCCAGUUGACCGAUGGCCUGCACACUGUGGAACAAGAAGUGUUAAUUAUGGUCAUUUUGGUGGAUGAUGAGACACCCAGGUUGUCUAUCAAUGAUGGACUUGAAGUGGAGAUUGGUGAAUUCAAAGUUAUUACUAAUCAGGACCUCAGUGCCACUGAUAUAGAUUCAGAGGACAAAACACUCACAUAUAUUAUCCGUUUGUUACCCAGGCAUGGCCUUCUGCAGCGUGUAAGCAAAGAUGGAGAGGUCUUAGGCAACAUUACACUGGGCAUGAAUUUCACACAAGAUGAUGUAGACGAGGGUUAUAUACGCUAUAUUCACACUGGCCAACAGGGAGUACGUGACUUGGUUAAGUUUGAUGUCACUGAUGGAAUAAACCCUUUGAUAGACAGAUAUUUCUAUAUUACCAUCAGUGGCAUUGAUAUGGUAUUCCCUGAGGUGAUCAAUAAGGGGGUAACAUUGAAAGAAGGGGGAAAAGUGACUCUCACUACUGAUCUACUCAGUACAAGUGAUAUUAACAGCCCUGAUGAGCACCUGCGAUUUAGUAUCACCCGUGCCCCAAUUAGAGGACAUUUGGAGAACUCUGACAGUCCUGGAGUUCCUGUCGCUACCUUCACGCAGCUUCAGCUAGCAGGCAACAAGAUCUAUUAUAUUCACACAGCAGAGGAUGAGGUGAAAAUGGACAGUUUUGAGUUUGAAGUAACUGAUGGUUAUAACCCAGUUUUCCGGACUUUCAGAGUUUCCAUAACUGAUGUGGACAAUAAAAAACCAAUUCUAACAGUUCAUGACCUGACAGUUCAAGAAGGGGAAACCAAACUGAUCACUCCAUUUGAGCUGACUGUAGAUGAUCGUGAUACACCUGAUCAUUUACUUCGUUUUAUAAUUACUCAAGUCCCUGUUCACGGCCAGAUUAUAUAUAACAAUAGCUAUUCUGUGACCACUUUCACUAAACAAGAUUUAAAUGAGAACAUGAUCAGCUAUAGACAUGAUGGUACAGAAACUAGCCAGGAUAGUUUCUCUUUCACUGUUACUGAUGGAACCCACUCAGAUUUCUAUGUUUUCCCUGGUACCACCCUUGAAACACACCACCCUCAGAUGAUGAAAAUUCAGAUUAAUUCUCUGGACAAUGGUAUUCCACAGAUAGUAGUGAAUAAGGGUGCCUCAACCCUGAGAAAUCUUCCGACUGGGCAUCUAGGAUUCUUAAUUACCAGCAAGUCUCUGAAGGCAGAAGAUAGAGAUAGCCCACACAAAUUACUGAAGUACAGGGUCACCGAUGGGCCAAAAUAUGGACUCAUAAUUAAUACUGGCCUAGGAAACGGAAGUAUUAAAGCCUUCACACAAGCUGACAUUGAUGACAUGAAAAUCUGCUAUGUCUUGAAGGAAGGUGAAAAUACUACUAGUGAUAUCUUCCAUUUCUCAGUGGAAGACAGUGGAGGGAACAGGUUGAAGAGUCAACCAUUCCGUUUGAACUGGGCUUGGAUUUCUCUGGAAAAGGAAUACUACGUAGUAGAUGAAGACUCCAAGGUUCUAGAGGUAACUCUGAAACGCAGAGGAUAUCUGGGAGAGACAUCAUUCAUUAGCAUUGGAACUAAAGAUGGAACAGCAGAAAAAGAUAAAGAUUUCAAAGGGAAAGCUCAGAAACAGGUUCAGUUCAACCCAGGACAGACCAUGGCUACCUGGCGAGUAAGGAUAAUGGUAGAUAAUGAAUAUGAAGAAUCAGAAAUUUUCCAUAUCAUUUUAUCAGAUCCUGUAAUGGCUUCCCUGGAGUUUCCAGAAAGAGCCACAGUGGAAAUUGUGGAUCCAGGUGAUGAAUCUACUGUCUAUAUUCCUGGGUCUGAGUACAGAAUAGAAGAAGAUGUUGGUGAGCUGCUUAUUCCUGUUAGGAGAUCUGGAGAUGUUAGCCAUGAAUUAAUGGUCAUUUGUUCUACGCAUCAAGGUUCUGCGGCUGGCACAGUUCCCUCUACUGUCUUGUCUUACUCUGACUAUAUCUCUCGCCCUGAAGACCAUAUGAGCCUCAUUCGCUUUGAUAAGGAUGAGACAGAGAAAACCUGCCGUGUCAUCAUUAUUGAUGAUUCACUUUAUGAAGAAGAUGAAACUUUCAAUGUCACGUUAAGUAUGCCAAUGGGCGGACAAAUUGGAGCAGAGUUCCCCAGCACCAAAGUGAUCAUUCUGGCAGACACAGAUGAUGAACCUUCUUUUUACUUUGGUGACAUGGAAUAUCAUGUGGCUGAGAGUGCUGGUUAUGUGGAAGUUCGUGUUUGGAGAACUGGUACAGACUUAACCAAAGCAGCGACUGUCACAGUGCGUUCCAGAAAAACAGAGCCAGUAUCUGCAGAAGCUGGAGUUGAUUAUGUUGGCAUCAGCCGAAACCUUGACUUUGCUCCUGGUGUGAAUAUGCAGACUUUCCGUGUCACCAUCUUGGAUGAUUUAGGACAGCCUGUCCUUGAGGGCCCAGAAAAGUUUGAACUUGUUCUCCGAAUGCCCAUGAAUGCUGUUCUUGGGGAGCCAAGUAAAACUACCAUCUUCAUCAAUGAUACCAUUUCUGAUAUACCAAAAGUACAGUUUAAGGAAACUUUAUAUACAGUGAAUGAAAAGGAUGAGCAACUAGUGGCUAUAAUUUAUCGUAGUGGUGAUGUUAACUAUAAAUCUACAGUCCGCUGCUAUACUCGUCAAGGUUCUGCGCAAGUCAUGAUAGACUAUGAAGAGAGACCAAACACAGAUGAUUCUAUAGUAGUAUUUCUCCCAGGAGAGAUUGAAAAACCUUGCAUAGUGAUCCUAGAAGAUGAUGCCAUCUAUGAGGAGGAGGAAGAGUUUAGGCUAGUGCUUGGAACACCGAAAAGCACUUCUACAUUUGGUGCCGCCAUUGGGGAGCAAAAAGAAACACUGGUGAAGAUUAAAGAUGAAGAAGACAAACCAGUUAUUAAGUUUUCUGAAAUCAAAUACAACAUUCAAGAACCUCAAGAGGCUGGAGAGAUUGCAGUAGUAAAGAUCCCUAUCUUGCGUCUGGGGGACAGUUCCAAAGUUUCUAUUGUGAGAAUUCAUACUAAAGAUGGUUCAGCUAUAUCUGGAGAAGACUAUAAUCCGAUGUCUGAAGACACUGAAUUCAAAGAAGGAGAAAGAGAACACUUUGUUGAAGUUGAAGUUUUGUAUGAUGGAGUGAGAGAAAUGAGAGAAGCAUUUACAGUACACCUGAAACCUGAUGAAAAUAUGGUAGCUGAGACACAGAUGAACAAAGCCAUUGUGUUCAUUGAAGAAAUGGACAGUGUGGCAGAUGUGACUUUCCCAGCUGUGCCUCAGGUUGUGUCUCUUCUGCUGUAUGAUGACACUGCUAAAAUCAAGGGAAGUCCUCAGCCUCCAACUGGGUACCCUGUUGUGUGUGUAACGGCGUGUAACCCCAAAUACUCAGACUAUGACAAGACUGGAUCUAUCUGUGCUGCUGAAAACAUCAAUGACACACUGACUUUGUAUCGCUGGCUUGUCAGUGCUCCAAGUGGCAGUGAUGGUGUUACCAGCCCCAUGCGCGAAGUGGACUCCAACACUUUCUUCACCAACACCAAAUCAAUUGCCUUAGACUCUAUAUACUUCCAAGCUGGUUCAAGGGUUCAAUGUGCAGCGCGUGCUGUCAACACCAAUGGAGAUGUGGGCUUAGAAUUGCUGAGUCUGAUUUACACAGUAAACAAGGAAGAAGGUCUUUGCCAGCCUCGCAUACCAGGAACGGUUGGAGCAGAGCCUUUCUCAGCCAAAAUACGCUACACAGGUCCUGAUGAUCCUGACUACCCCAAUCUGAUCAAAUUAACAGUUACAAUGCCUCAUAUGGAUGGAAUGUUGCCAGUUAUUUCAACCAGACCUUUGACCAACUUUGAGCUGACACUCAGCCCUGAUGGCACUCGAGUAGGCAAUCACAAAUGCUCCAAUUUGUUGGAUUAUAAUGAGAUCCAGACAAAAUAUGGCUUCAUCACAGACAACACCAAAAAUCCAGAAGUGAUUGGAGAAACUUCACCCUACCAGUAUAGCAGUGCUGUACGGUCUGCUAAGACUUUGCGUUUCUACCGUAAUCUCAACCUGGAGGCCUGCCUGUGGGAAUUUAACAGCUACUAUGACAUGUCCGAGCUGCUGACAGACUGCAGCAGUUCCAUUGGCACAGAUGGUCAGGUGUUAAAUCUGGUGCAGUCAUAUGUGACUCUUCGAGUGCCCCUCUAUGUCUCCUAUGUCUUCCACUCACCUGCUGCUGUAGGUGGCUGGCAGCACUUUGACCUGCAGUCUGAACUGAGACUCACCUUUGUAUAUGACACUGCCAUCUUGUGGAAGGAUGGCAUUGGAAGCCCCCCAGAAGCAGAACUCCAAGGCUCCCUCUACCCCACCAGCAUGCAAAUCAAUGAUGAAGGGCGUCUGGUAGUGUAUUUCAGGACUGAGAUUCGGUUCAGGGGGCAAUUUGUAAUGUCCCACCCAGGAACAUCUCUGUCUUCAAUGGUGAUGUCUUCCGAUCACCCUGGCCUCACAUUCACACUCAGCCUUUCUCAAAGUGAGCAAACUUUCCACCAGCCUAUGCAGCAAUGGAAAUUCAUUUCAGAUUAUGCUGUACGUGAUUAUUCUGGUACUUACACUGUAAAACUUAUCCCUUGUACUGCCGCACCCAGCCAGGAAUAUACGCAGCCUGUCAUCUGUAGCCCACGGGAACCAAUCACCUUUGAUCUCGAUAUCAGGUUUCAGCAGGUCAGUGAUCCAGUAGCAGCUGAAUUCAGUCUCAACACCCAAAUGUUCCUGUUGUCCAAGAAGGACCUCUGGCUCUCUGAUGGCUCUAUGGGGUUUGGGGAAGGAACUGAUGUUGCCUUCACUGAAGGCUCUGAAAUCUAUGGUCGGGUCAUGGUCGAUCCUGUUCAGAAUUUAGGAGACUCUUUCAUGUGUACCAUUGAGAAGGUAUUUCUGUGUACUGGAGCUGAUGGGUAUGUCCCCAAGUAUAAUCCAGAUAACACAGAGUAUGGCUGCCUAGCUGACUCUCCUUCCUUGUUGUACAGAUUCAAGAUUCUGGAUAAAGCUCAACCAGAUACCCAAGCCAAAGUUUUUGGCAAUAUGGCCUUCCAUGCUAAAUUAGCAGUCAACCAUGUAGAUGGUUAUCCCUUGGUGAAACAGCCUGGGUCUGAUGGGUUCAGCUUACUGUCAACUCCACUAUUCCAGGUAACAGCAGGCCGAGAGUGGUACAUCCAUACUAUUUACAUGGUUCGGUCACGUGAGAAUGCCCACAAAGGCCUAGGAAAAAGAAGUGUUGAGUACCAUCAUGCUCUGUCUUCAGCUAAUGGAAUUCCUGGUGCUACACAUCUAAAGCGCAUGCGGAGAGCCUCCAAUAGCCCUGCUCUUGCAGAAGAUAUUGGGGCAGAUAAGAACAGAGGGACCAAUAUUCAGCACAUAGCUCUUGAUCGGUCCAGCAAAAUUAUUAUCAAGCAGAAAGGUCUGUCCCCAGCAGAUAAAGCUUAUGAAAAGCCUGUCUUGGAAAUUACAGGCAAUGAUGUAGAAGACAAGCUAAUACCAAUUGUUGGAGGUGCAGCUGGGCUGCUGCUUCUGAUCUGCACUGUUUUGAUUAUUGUCUUCCUUCUGAAGCGAAAGGGACGUUCUACUGCUGGGAAAGCAGAUUCAUCAGUCAACUAUUCUAGCAGCAAUGAAACUGUGACCACACAGCACAGCAACGGCUCUGAAGUUUAAUUGCAUUGCAAAGGUGAGGUUAUCCUUUGAAGGCACAGCAUUUCAUCACAGAAACAAGAAUUUGGGUGUUGCCUUUGCAGACUUGGAACUGGCUGUUGUGGUUUUGAUGCUAGGUUGCGUGUGAUUCCAGCUUACGAAACAUGUAGCAAACAUGAAGUGUAUAUUAAGUGUGAAUGACUUAUUUAUAACUUAUCUUUUUUCCAGGAGCACAGGAACACAAAUGCCUGGAAUAAAGUGUUCUCUAGACCUAGUUUCCCCUCCCCUUCCAAAUGGUGCUCAAGAAAUCAUCUACAAGCAGCUUUAAAUGUGCCUUAUCUAUCAUUGUGAAAGCCUGGUGCUGUUCAAAGGGAUAUUAUUUCCUAAUCGUUUACCAUGCAUAGUAUCCAGAAUUCUACUCUUUUGUAUAUUGAAAGAUGGGGAAGUCAGAUUUUAACCACAUAGGGUAGGACUAAAGUAUCUGUGUACUGUCUAUAUUGAUGAAAACGCUGCACUGGAAAAAUGCUAAGCCUAUUUAAAAAGUGUUUCUCUGGUGGCUUUUAACCAUAGGUAUAAUAAAUAUACCUUGGUACAAGGUGAGUACUUAAUAUUGUAUUGUGCUCUUCAUGAUCACCUCAAGUUGUUGGAUUGCCCUUCUUUUUUGUUUGCUGUUAGUAAAGUGCUCAGUUACUAUUACUUCUAAAGGAGCUUGACAAAUGUAUCAUGAAUAACAAGAUAUUAAUUUUCUGCAACUUUUUUCAUAUUAAUUGAACAUUCAUUUUAUAAAAAUGGUUCUCAUUCAACUAGGCAAUCAGCAGAUUUUACGCCAUCAAAUUCAGGCACAACAAUGAAGGAAUAUAUAAGUAUUACCCAGCUGGCCCCCAAAUGCUUUGCAACAAGCUCUAUAAAAAAGAAUCCCUCAGCUAUUACUUUAGUGGCCUAAGAAAACUGACCUGUAGGGGCACUUGUCUACUUAUGCAAAUAAUUUGGGUCUUUCCUAACCACACCAGAAAAUCCCUUCAUAGAUGGAUAUCUACACACAGAAGCACUCCUACUUCUGAAAGUUGUUUAACACUAGUCAAAAAGUCUCAUACUCAGGUGGACACAAGAUGAAAUCUGAGCCAUAGCCAUAGCCAGUCAAUACAGAGUGCUGAUGCUGCUUUAUUCUGCUGCAGGUACAGAUUUAUUCUAAUUGUCUUAGUUUAGUAGCCUUUGUGAAUUUUUUUUCACCAGUUGAGGCAUUCUGUCCUUUCCCAGUCUGUUCUAACGUAUAUCAGUGUUCAUACUUCAUUUGUAACAGAUUACUAUUCAGUCAGAUGGAGAUAAUACCUUACCUUUUUACUAGUCAGGUCAUCAAAGUUAAAACCAUAAUCAUUUUACUGUGGCAGCUACCCUCAUUUGUGGUAUAGAAGCCUCCAAAGAAAAACUUCUCCUAUUUACAAUCACUUUCCUGCUAUAUCACUAGCUAGAUACUAACACGGCUUGUCCAGAGUUUGAGUAGAUUGCCACUAUAAUAAUGUCUCUGCUAGCAGAACUCCAGACUUUUUCCAAAUGGUUUUGUGGAAAGGUGCAUUUUGAUCCCUUAGCAACCAUUUACUGAUAAAAAUUAUAUAUUUUAAAAUAUACAUACCUGCUGCUAACCUUCCAUAUGACAUGUUCCCAUUGUAGUUGUACAGAGAACAGUUUGUGUAAACGUAGGUUAAACUUGUGAUCAUUCAAACAGUACUUUCUUAGAGAAGGUAGACAUGAACUCUCAUUGGAUGGCAAUAAAAACAGAUAAGUAGGAUACCUUCCAUUUCCUAAUAGGAUUAACUGCAGCUCUGCCUGCACCCUUCCCAGCAUUGUGUACAAUAUUGUUCAGAACACACAGUGCAAUGCUUUUACUUACUGCUAUCUGAUAGAGGUAUUUUUGCAGUUUUAGACAAAGCUAAUUGCUACUACUGCCCUCAUCAGGGAUGCAGCACUAUUUACCUCAGAGUACAAGCAUGCAGUCCAGCAAACUCUACUAAUUUAGUCUAAGAUAGCAGCUGUUAGAAGAAAGCAUCCAUGUCAGGAUUCCAAAGAAAGGGAAGAGAAUUUAAACGUGUCCCUCCUUUAUUAGAAAGGCUCACUGGUAUAAACCAAUGAAAAGCUGUUUUUUCUGCAGUUUAUGGAAUCAGAGGUAAGCAAUAAGAUAUACAUACUAGUCACUGUUUUAUAUUUUUUCAAUAUAUUCGUUACUUUCUUAAAAUUCUAACAUACAGGUUCAAGUCAUGCACAAGCACUGAAAUGUUGCAACACUGAACUGUACUGAUCUAACUGAUCACGAAUACUGUAUGAUAAGCGUGACCUUAUACUUUGUGACAUUGCCAAUAUGUGGUUUUUAAACAAUAAUUUUAUAAAAGUAUUUUCUUCCA